AUGGAUGCUUCCAUGCAGGCUACUACUGAGAUUUUAGGACAGCAGGCUGGAAAUGAAAAUAGAUGUGGAGCCAAUGGACUGAAUGGAGGAAACAGAGGACCGAUGACCUUGGUCACAUUCUUGAAGGUGAAUCCACCAACCUUUAGGGGGCCGCAACCACCACCCCGUCCUGCUUCUGGCCGAGCCCUAAAUCCUCUAAUCAGUUUCCAGAAAUCACCAAGCUCCAGAAAUCACCCAAGCACAGUUCACCAUCUAGUCACACACAGCCAUCAGCCCUCUUCGCAGUCGCAUACCCACCAGCCCACCACCACCAAUCGAGCAACCACAGCAGCAACCACCGCAACCACCACCGUCGUUGCCGAGCUCGCCUCCUCCUUGGUCGUCACCGAGCUCGCCUACUCCUUAGUCGUCGCCGACACCGCGUCCACGCUGUUACUCGCCUCCUCCUUGGAUAACGUCAGAGAUAUGGUUGAUAAUUUUCUUGAAUUUGUUGUGAACAAUCAUCAUGUCAACAGGGAGCGAGAACCAGUAUCAAUGUUACAGGCUUUUCAAAUAUCUUUGGUCAGAACAGCCAUUUCAAAUAUCUUUAUCUAAUGUAGCUGAUUCUUCAAAUA